AUGGGGCGGAAGGAGAUCAUCUGCAGCUGGAAGAAGAGCACCAGUAACAUCAAGGAAGUCUUUGACUUCAAGGGGAAAAUGGGAUCGGGGUCUUUUUCAGAGGUUUUCAUGGUGAGAGAGAAGAAAACAGGGGAACUGUAUGCCCUGAAAUGUCUGAAGAAAAAACACCUUGCUUAUAGCAACCUGGAAAAUGAAAUCAAAGUGCUGAGGAGAAUAAACCAUGAGAAUGUGGUAGGACUGGAGGACUUCUAUGAGAGCCGGACACACUACUACCUGGUCAUGCAACUGGUGUCAGGCGGGGAGCUGUUUGAUCGCAUUAUAGACAAGGGAGUUUAUACAGAGAAGGAUGCUAGCAAAGUGAUCAACCAGGUGCUGCAGGCCGUCAGCUACCUGCACAAAAACAGCAUUGUGCACAGGGACCUUAAGCCUGAGAAUCUGCUGUACUACAACACAGAUGAAAAUGCUAAGAUCAUGGUGAGCGACUUUGGUCUGUCGAAGACGUUGGAGCAUGGUGUAAUGUCUACAGCCUGUGGUACACCUGGAUAUGUUGCACCUGAAGUUUUGGCUCAGAAACCCUACAGCAAAACAGUGGACUGCUGGUCCAUUGGCGUUAUCACUUACAUUCUGCUCUCUGGCUACCCUCCGUUCUUUGAAGAGAAUGAAACUCGUCUGUUUUCAAAGAUUAUGAGGGCUGAGUACGCCUUUCAUUCACCCUUCUGGGAUGACAUCUCUGAGUCAGCCAAAGACUUCAUCAGGAAUAUGAUGGAGAAGAACCCCACAAAGCGCUUCACCACUGAACAGGCGCUCAGACAUCCCUGGAUUGCUGAAGAUACAGCUAAAGACUUAGACAUUUAUCAAUCUGUCUGUGAACAGAUGGAGAGAAACUUUGCCAAAUCUAAAUGGAAGCAAGCCUUCAAUGCAACCUCAGUAAUCCACCACAUGAAGAAACUGCAUUUAUCCCAAAAUGAGACCACCCCGUCCCCCACCUCCAUGCCCAACAUUAUAGUACAUACGUCCUCUCCGAAUGACUUGGAGCCACCCUGCCAUAAUGAGGAUGACCCCCUUGACCCCAAUGGGAAUCCUGUCCAUGCUGCCAGUCAUCUUUCCUGCUACAAGUCUGAGUCGAGCAGAGGUGUCUGUCAACCACUGAAAGCAAGUCAUAGCGAACCUGGCAACCCCCUUACCAUUGAUGAGUCAAGAGAAGUUCAUAACUUCCAUUUGGAGAGUGAUGCUGCAUCCGAAAGCCUGGACGCUGUGGCUCAGAGGACGGACCAGCCGCUUCAGUCUGGAGUGUGUUCUGUCAUGUGAUGGACUAACUAUCCUGAGAUGAAUUCUAUGCAGGUUGUUUUUUGAGUGGAUUGUGCUCAGUGGCCUCCCUCUCUGUCCCAACCGCUGCUCAGUUUUCUCAUUUCUGUUGUGGUACUCUGCUGAAGAAAAACCACCCUCAUGUACAGACGUACAUGGAGGACACAAAAAAAGUGGAAUGACUAUGAACGUCGCAGGAAAACUGACAAAAGCAGAAAUUCAUCAUUUCAAGUUCAUACACUUAUAUUUGAUGACAUUUAUUUUCUCAAGAAUAUUAUUUAUUGUGUAUUACUGUCAACAACAUGUAACUAACUUAUUGAAAUGUAUUUGUUUUGAUUAGACUUUGGUGUUAUGUAAUGUGUGAGCUGAUAUCUGUUUCUUUUUUUUUUUGUUCUAUUUUGACUGACAUGGCUGAACUUUGAAUUCUGAUCACUUCAGAGUAAUGCCAUUUGUAUAGGUUGUAUAUCUUUAUAAAGAUACGUAUUUAAUUUUGAAGUCUGCCACUAUAAAAAGAUGUGGGAAUGUACCUUUAACUGUAGGAAGAGUUUUGGUCGUGUAUUUUUAUUUUGCCAAUCAUGUCUAUGCUGAUGGAUUUUAGUCCAAUUUCCACUUUUCAGAAAGAUGAGAGAUUCAAGAUGUACUUUUUCUUCAUGAGAUUAAACUUUGUUUUGAGGCGGAGUGAUGGACAUACAGCGGUGAGGUCUUGCUCUGUGUUUUCUCUGAUAUGUCCAUAAACUGUUCUCUUGUUAAACAACUGAACUGAUCAAGUGCCACAAGCUGUGUUAAGAUGCUGUCAACACUAGUGAUAUCACUGAUGAUUCUGAAAUCACAAAUUUAGUGAAAUAUAUGCUUUUUUUUUGUAUUAUUUUCUCAAUAAAUAUGCAGUAACUAGUCUUCCUGCUUCUUCUUGUGUUGAUUAAGCAGCUGUAGUGCCAUGCUGGUCUCUCCCAUGAAGACUGAAAACACAAAUGAAAGUACUAACAGGCUUUAUUUAAAUACUGCACAAACAUCAGAUGCAAAACAGAAAAUAAAUAAUGUAACAUUCACCUUUUCUCCAGUUCUGAAAACUACACUAAAAACUGUAGUGCAAUGUUCAUUGAGGAAUGUGUUGCUGCUGACAGAUAAGAGUUUGUGUUGGCUAUUUGCAUAGCUGUCAGAAAGCGAGAAGCUGAGGCAUUUUUCAAGAUAAAAUGUGAAAUGUUCAAAAUGGCACAAUACUUAUAGUGGCAUGUAUAUUACUGAUAAAGUCGUAGUGAUUUCU